GUCAGAACCUUCUUUACACUUGUAUAUCACUAGUGGUCACGGUUGACCUAGAAACGUGUUUAUAUUCGAUACUACAUACAGUUGAUAUAUACAGUUCUCAAGACGGUAAGCUAAGCUGCAGUUUCUCACAGUAUGGCUGAUAAAAUAACUCCAGGAGAGGCUAGUACUAGUGGUUAUGGUAAACGGACCUUGGAGGACCAGGAAGAGCAUGUCGAGCCCAAGAGGAGGUGUGAUGAGGUGGAAAAGUCGCAAGCUAAGAGUAUCGAUAAGGGUAAAGUAUUCAAUGAUCCUAUUCACGGCCAUAUUGAAAUUCAUCCCCUUUGUAUAAAAAUUAUUGAUACACCAGAAUUUCAACGUCUACGUUAUUUAAAACAACUAGGUGCUUGUUAUUAUGUCUUCCCUGGUGCAUCACAUAAUAGAUUUGAACAUUCCAUAGGUGUUUGUCAUCUUGCUGGUGAGAUGGUCUCACGACUUCAAGAACAACAACCAGAGCUUGAUAUAACUCAUGUUGAGGUAUUAUGUCUGAAAAUAGCUGGUCUGUGUCAUGAUCUGGGUCAUGGUCCAUUCUCACAUGUAUUCGACGGCAAAUUUAUACCGUUAGUUGUUUCAGAAUCUAAAUGGAAACACGAAAAGGCGUCGAUUCAAAUGUUUGACCAUUUGAUAGAAAAAAACAAUCUGAGGAAAGAUUUUCUAGAUUAUAAUUUGACGUCUAAGGAGAGAGAAUUUAUUAAAGAUCUAAUUAAUGGACCAUCGGAUGACAAAGAUAAAGGUUCAGAUAAAAAGAAAUAUCUGUAUGAAAUUGUGGCUAAUAAAAGAAAUUCAGUGGACGUAGAUAAAUUUGAUUACUUUGCUCGUGAUUCGUACAUGCUGGGGAUCAAAAACAAUUUUGAUCAUAAUCGUUUCAUGCGAUUUUGUCGUGUCAUCGAAGAUGAAUAUGGUGAAAAGCGGAUCUGCAUCCGUGAUAAAGAGGCAGAGAAUUUAUAUGAAAUGUUUCAUACACGUAAAACUCUACACAGUCGAGCUUAUCAGCAUGUUGUUACACAGGCUGUAGAAAGUAUGAUUGUAGAUGCAUUGAUAAUAGCUGAUAAAUGUAAAACCUUUACAUUUCUCGAUACAAAUGAUCCACCACGACAAUUGCAUGAAUGUAUAGAUGAAGACGCUAUCGUGGCGUAUAAGAAACUGGAUGAUACAAUCUUUCAGCGAAUAAUGUGGUCGACAGAACCAGAGUUACAAGGUGCCAGAGAUCUGAUUGAUAGAAUCCAGAAACGUCAGUUAUACAAAUGUGUUGGCGCGGCGCAGCGUCCCGAACAUCUAGAUAAGGAAAAGGAGAAGGAAGUGCCAAAAGAAAUCGCUAAAUUCGCUAAAUUAGAACCUGAAUGUCUCAAAUUGUCGCGUGUUCAUUAUGACUAUGGUAUGAAAAGUCAAGAUCCAGUUAGCCAUACCCGAUUUUACUCGAAAGACAAACCUAAUGUAUGUUUAGAACUCUGCCCAGAACAGGGCCCCCAGAUGCUUCCAAAGCAUUUUCAAGUAGAUAUGAUUCGUAUCUUCUGCACGGAUAGUAGACCAAAAAUCAUAGAGGCGGCCAAAUCAGCUUUUGAACAAUGGUGUGAUGACAAAGGCGUGAAGCCUGAGGGUAUCAGAGGGGGAUUCAGAUUCCAGGAAGUUACCCAAAAGACCCUCACAGAGAGAUCCAGCACAGAAUAAAGAUGACAGAUUUAAAGAAAAAGAUGAUAUGGACUUGAGACAUUUUUGUGUGUGUGUUUUUUUAAUUUAUUUCUUUUAAAUUAUUUGCUUGAGAAUUUAAAAUCUAUUUAUUGUUUUACAGUUUUAGUAUAUAUUUUGUGUGUGUGUGGUUUUUUUUAAUCAUAUCUUGUAUUUUUUAAUUUAUUUCUUUUAAGUUAUUUGCUUGAGAUUUUACAAUCUAUUUAUUGUUUUACAGUUUUAGUAUAUAUUUAGUUUUAGUAUAUAUUUAUUAUAUUACAGUUUAAUAAGUAAGUUUACCCUCAAAGUUCAUUGCUAAAAUCUCGGUUCAGAGUAGAUCAAUUUGACUAAAAUUUUCAGCAAAUUGCCUUUACAUUAUCUAGUUUUUAACUAUUAUAAUGUGAACUGCCAGCGCUUCCAUAAUGUAUACUUUAAUGGCAAGGAACACAUUAAGGGGGCACAUCUGUGGACAAUUUACAACUGUACAAGACUGCACGGUACACAAUUAUCAAGAAUGAAUGAUCUAUAGUGUCAGUAGUGUGGACAAUUCAUUUGCUCAUGAUAGUUGAGAAUAUGAAAUGAAAUGGGGUUUAACGUCCUAGUGUUUUGCUCCGACUGGGCUAAUGAAGACGGUGUGAUAGUUAAUAACAGGGAUGCUAUUUCAAAAUUUUGCACGUCGGACAUUUUUGGUUGGAGUUAACCGAGCCCAGAAUUACAUCACCAGAAUUCGUCGUCCGCUUCAGGAAAUAAGAUCAAUAGGCUCCCAUUCACUUUAGUGGAAUUCAAAUAGACAUAAUCAUUUAUUAUGUUGUGUAGCAAUUAGGGUUCUGAAUAAUGUUGAUGAAUAGUUCACAAUAUUAUGUGGUUCUCUCUAUUUUUCAUAUUUAAUUACCGUGCCGGCUUCAGUACCUGCCUUCGUUUGUACAAUAGAAAACGAAAUCGAAAUGUUCGUGAUAAGAAUAGUUCAUGAUAUCUAAACAUAUUUUUUUUAUUUAUAAAAUGGUAUUUAUAAAUUAAUUACCCAUAUAAAGGCAUAGCCCACUUCCGAUUAUUAUGUAAAUUGUUGGCCUACGUCACCAUUUACACAUAUUUUCUUAGUAAGCAAUACCUUAUAUGGUAAGCGAUGAUUUCUGUGCGACACAUUUAUGGCAAGGUUUGGCGGAAUUUGUCUCGAAUUAUUCACCAUAAGAGUUCCACAUGAUAUUGAACUUAUAAAAAUAAAUGCAUUCGACACGAUUUUCGACUUAGAAUAAUUUUGAUAGAGUGUUUUGGUCUGUGGUUCCUAUUUAUUUAAAAAGUUUCUUCUCAGACCCCCUAUAUGCCUGUGUGGUAUCACAUUACACAAGAUUUUCUCAGAAUGUUUUAGGUACGUGGUGUUUUUACCGAAAAUAAGUUAAAGGUGUUUAUUAAUAGCUAUUAAAAUACAGAUGUGACGUCAUCCUUUGAUGUUAGCGUAUCAUUAUUUCAAAUAAUGGUACGGCAAUGUGCCAAGCGUACAUUCUUUAAACUAGGUAAAAUUUUUGACCCGUGUGACGUAUUUCAGUGCAAAGUCCAUGCGAGUGUCUGUAUUUUAAGUCGUUUAAUGGUCUCGAGCUUAAGACAUUGCGUAAUAUAUUGAAACAACAACUCGUGACUACGUCACUCGCGUUGUUUCGAACGGAAUAUUUUGACAAUAAGACAGAAAUAGUAUGUUUCUCAUCAAGGUUUUAAGAACGUCGGCAUUUAUCCAUCAAAUUGUACUGUUCGGAUCGGUGAUGUGCUUGGUACUCCAUUUAACUGUCGGGAACCACUGUGUAAUGAUGGAUUCCACUCGAACAAUGGGCACCCAUAUCACCAGCUUAUGUAAGGCAACGUCGCACAAGCCUGAUAUUUCUCAGAUGACAGAAAUAUUAGUUGCUUGUUGAAGUUUGAUUGUAUAAUCUUUUAAUAAUAAUUGUCAAUAAAUCUAUUAAUAAUAGGGGGAUUGCAUGGCUGAAUGGUUAGCAUGUGCGCGUUGUAUCAUAAAGUCUGUCAUUGAGUCAACUGGCGUGGUUUUGAAUCCACGGUUGUACGUGACAAGGAGUAUGAUCGCCUGUCCAAUCUCGUGGGUUUUCUCCGGGUCCUCCGGUUUCCUCCCACUGCUAAAAACCCCUGCGCGCAAGCGAAUUAUUGAAAUAAAAUUGAACCAUAUGUUAGUCCCGAAAUGACCUUGUUUGUGUCGAGUGGACGUUAAACCCCCCUCUCUCUCUCUUUCUCUCUCUCUUCUCUCUCUCUCUCUCUCUUUUGAUAAUAUUGUCUCUAAAUCUUUUAAUAUUCUGUAUCCUGGAAUUCACGUUUUCUUGAAUGUUUUAUAAAUUUGUGUUUGUUCUAUUUCAUGAUAAAUAAAAUAGCCUUCUCAUGCUUUAA